GGCCGUGCCGCGCCUGCUGUCCUGGGAGGGGCGGGGCCGGCGCCCCUCGGCGCGAGGCGCCAUAGAGCGGGGACGGAGGACUCGGGUCCUAGACGCGUCCGGAAGUGGCUUCCUCCGGCGCCGCUCGGCACCAUAGAGCUGGGGGGCUGCGGCCAGGGGUCGCGGAGCCCUCCUGCCUAGAGCGGCGAGGACGGGGUGGCGGCCCGGGCGGAGGGGCAGGGGAGGGGGAGCGGCGCGGGCGGAAGCGGCCGGGAAGGUCACUUCCGGCCUGGGCGCCCGUCCCCCUGACCCCAGGGUCUGAGUCGCCGCGGCCGCCGCUGCCACCAUCCGCGAGUCAGGCGCGAGGAGGAGGAGUGCGGCGCGGUGGCCCCGGGCCGGAGGAGCAUCUGCUGAGGUUUUGGUUUUCCCUUCUGAGUGGCUUCUGGAGAGGUGAUCACCUGGUCAGGGGCCUGCGUGCUAUGCAAGAUGCCGGACUGUUGGUGUCUGUCCCCAGUGUGUUCCUGCUGCGAGUUCUGCCUGAGCCAGGGACGUCGACAUGGAGCUUCGGGAAGAGGCCUGGUCUCCGGGGCCGCUGGAUUCUGAGGACCAGCAGAUGGCCAGUCACGAGAACCCAGUGGACAUACUCAUCAUGGAUGAUGACGACGUCCCCAGCUGGCCCCCGACCAAGCUCUCCCCGCCCCAGUCUGCACCCGCGGCGGGGCCCCCACCCAGGCCACGGCCGCCGGCCCCCUACAUCUGCAACGAGUGCGGCAAGAGCUUCAGCCACUGGUCCAAGCUGACACGGCACCAGCGCACGCACACCGGCGAGCGGCCCAACGCCUGCAGCGACUGCGGCAAGACCUUCUCGCAGAGCUCGCACCUGGUGCAGCACCGGCGCAUCCACACGGGCGAGAAGCCCUACGCCUGCUCCGAGUGUGGCAAGCGCUUCAGCUGGAGCUCCAACCUCAUGCAGCACCAGCGCAUCCACACCGGCGAGAAGCCCUAUGCCUGCCCCGACUGCGGCCGCAGUUUCACGCAGAGCAAGAGCCUGGCCAAGCACCGGCGCUCACAUAGCGGCCUCAAGCCUUUUGUGUGUCCGCGCUGUGGCCGCGGCUUCAGCCAGCCAAAGAGCUUGGCGCGCCACCUGCGGCUGCACCCCGAGCUGUCGGGGCCUGGUGUGGCCGCCAAGGUGUUGGCAGCCAGUGUGCGCCGCGCUAAGGCGCCGGAGGAGGCAGCGGCGGCRGACGGCGAGAUCGCCAUCCCGGUGGGCGACGGCGAGGGCAUCAUCGUGGUGGGCGCGCCUGGCGAGAGCGCCGCGGCUGCCGCAGCUAUGGCCGGCGCAGGGGCGCGGGCGUCCGGGCCGCGGUCACGGCGCGCCCCGGCUCCCAAGCCCUAUGUGUGCAUGGAGUGCGGGAAGGGCUUCGGGCAUGGGGCUGGGCUUCUGGCCCACCAGCGGGCUCAGCACGGGGACGGGCUGGGGGCGGCGGGCGGCGAGGAGCCUGCGCACAUCUGUGUGGAGUGUGGCGAGGGCUUCGUGCAGGGCGCUGCGCUCCGCAGACACAAGAAGAUCCACGCUGUGGGCGCGCCCUCGGUCUGCAGCAGCUGCGGACAGAGCUUCUACCGGGCUGGCGGGGAGGAUGAGGACGAGGACGCAGCCUCCGGCGGGCGCUGCACUGAGUGUCGUGGCACGGAGGGCCGGUAGGGGCGGGGGCGCCCGGGGGGGGGAGCAGGGCCCCUCGGGCUUGGCGGGGACGACAAAACCAGGAGGCCAGGGAGAAAUGGACAGAGGGGUGCGACCGGUGGCAUCCUCGUCUCCUGCCCCUGCUACUCGGCCUGCGCUGUCUUGGUGCGAGAGGACCUGUGGGCAUUAGGGCAAGAUGGUUUCUCAAGGUGCCCGCUGGCUCUCCAAACCCUGCCCUUUCUAGGUUCUCCGCCAGAGCCAGAGCUAGACAAUGUGAGAACUGUAGAGGUCAAGAGGCCAGACCCUCACGCAAGAGGCUGCCCCUCUCUUCCCACACUGUCUGGGAUGUUGUAAGGGAUGGAGGGAAUUCUGGCCUUUUGUAUUUAGAGGGUCCCAGAAAGGCAAGGGGAGAGGGGCCCUUUGCCCUCUUAGAGUUUUCUUUUAAUCAUACCCCUUACCCCCUCCCAUCCACUAUUUUUUCUGCCCUUCGAGUCCUAUUGAUUUUAUAGCCCAGGUUUUCCUCCUGCUCCUGGGUGUGGGGUAGCAGAGGAGUGAAGCAGAAGRAGCCCUGACACCCAGGGUAGCCCCCUUCAGAGGAUGGGGUGUGCUGUCUGUUCCCUGGCGUGGGCAGGUGGAAGAAGGGGUGUGAGGGCAAUAAAUCACACUAUUCGAUUGU